UGCGACUGCAACAACUGCGACUGCUAGUGCUUCAACAUUUGGAGCUCCUACGACGUUUGGAGCUCCUGCUGCACCAGUUGCUCCUGUUGCUCCACCUACUGGAAGAGAAAAGAGUACUAUUGAAGAUAUCAGUAGUUUAUUUGCUUAAUUAUGUGUUGUAUAGUAUAUAGUAAUCUAAAUAAUAUAGGAGUAGCUCCGUGAUCGGUAACGAAUUACUCGUAGUGCAAUAGAGGCAAAAAAAAGUCAGAUCACCACUAUCAACAUUGUCUAACAAUUAGUUGCGGUGAAAUUUUUCUAUUGGAAACAAUUACUGCCGUACAUAAGCCAAAGGUUUUGCGAAGUGGUGAUAAUAAUUGACGUUGUUCGCUAGUUGCCAGACUGUUCAAUUGUGUUCAUCACAAAAUCUAGCUAAGGAAAAAAAUAUGAUGUCGGUAAUUGCAUCCAUUAGCAGAACAAUAGUGCAAGUGAAUGCUCCUGUAGUAUCUCGGAGAUUUCAUCUUUUGCAUAAUAAAGUAUCACUUCCUCCUGUACAUAUUGUAUCAAACCUGUUUAUAAUAAUGUCUUCGCGUCGUGUGCUAUCAACACGGAGUAAGGAUGGUAAGGCCAAUGAGGUCAAUAGUCAUACUGAUGUACAUAGUCAGAGUCAUGAAGAGUCUCAUACUCACAGUCACGAAGAAUCGCAUUCUCACAGUCACGAUGAAUCACAUACACACAGUCAUGAUGAAUCUCAUGGCUUGUUUGGACAUAGCCAUUCUCAUGCCCAUCAUCAGCCCAAUGAAUUGUUGUCCAUUGGUAAGGGAUCUUUGAAGAACCCAGCUGUAAGGAUCACCUGGAUUGGAUUACUAGUUAAUGUAGUUAUGGCCGGUUCAAAGGGUAUAGGGGGUAUUUAUUUCCAUUCUCAAUCCCUUAUUGCCGAUGCUAUACAUUCAGUAUCAGAUAUGUUUGCUGAUUUCUUAACAUUGGCAACUGUAUCUGUAUCAUCAAAAGUUGGAACUGAAACAAAGUUCCCACUAGGUUAUGGUAAAAUUGAAACAGUAGGUUCAUUACUUGUAAGUGGAGUAUUACUUUUAGCAGGUAUAUCUGUAGGUUGGUCUUCAUUACUUCAAGUGUUUGAAAUAUUUUUACCCAACUAUAUCUAUGAGUAUGUUUCCUUGAUCCAGAUUGGUCAUUCUCAUUCUCAUACAAACUUAUCAUUUGGAGAUGAUGAUAGUCAAUCACAUGGUCAUAGUCAUAGUCAUAGUAGUCAUGAACCAUCUAUUACAGAAGAAAUUACAAUAACAAGAGAAGUUCCGAAUAUCAAUGCUGCAUGGUUAGCAGGUGCUUCAAUCAUUGUCAAGGAAUUACUUUUUAGAAAGACUAUGAAAAUAGCCACUGCUACUAAUUCUAAAGUUUUAGUAGCCAAUGCUUGGCAUCAUAGAGUAGACUCAUUAACAGCAUUUGUAGCGUUACUUACUGUUUCUGGUGGAGUAUUAUUUAAUAUUGCUUGGUUGGAUUCCAUCGGAGGAAUUUGUGUAUCAAUGUUAAUUAUUAGAGCAGGAUGGGGAAGUUUCAAGACUGCAUGGUUUGAAUUGAUAGAUAGAGGUGAAAAACCGGGAACUGAAGAGUAUGAUCGUAUCAAAGAAUUAGUGAAUAUUGAAUUAGAAUUACACGAUAAGCUUAAAUUAUCACUGUUAUCGGUAUUAAAUACAGGAGCAAAUACAAAUAUAUUUGUAAAGGUUUUAAGUACCGAUGAACAUCUUGAUCUUCAGACAUUGAAUGAUAUUGAAAAUAAAAUUAAAACCAGUAUUCGUUUAAUUGAUAAAUUCAGAAAGAACAUAUUUGUUAGAUUUGUGCCUCAAGGAUCUCAAAAGAAUGAAAACAUAUAUGAUACUGAUAGUCAUAGUGAUACUCAUACUCAUUCUCAUUCUCAUUCUCACCCUCAGGAAUAGACUUUAUUUAGAUUUACGUAAUGACAAUAAAAAUGAACUAUAUUUA